AUGGGGGAUGACGAUGAGGCUCACGAUGAGGCUGACGACGAGGCUCACAAGGAGGCUCACGAUGAGGAUGAUGAGGAGGAUCAUUCCACUCCCAACCCAUCAUCGACAGAAUCUUCCGCCCACAAGAGACAGGAGGGGAACAAGAAUUUUGCGCUAUCUAGGAGGCCAUUGGGGACAAAGAUUAUAUCUGCAUUCAUCAAGGAGACGAGGCGGCGGUACUUGUCAAUCCUCCACGAAACUACAACCGAGAUGAUUGCGAGUUCGUGUGUUGAAAUCAUUACUUCACGGAAAAAUUUAAGGCAAAGAGGUGAAAUGAUGGGUAAUACAGGCGAUAGAGGAUUGGGUGAUGGUCGCAGUGGCGAUUGUGGAUUGGGUGGUGGUGGCGAUUGUCGAUUGGGUGGUGGUGGUGGCGGCGGCGGUUGUGGAUUGGGUGGUGGCGGUGAAGGGUUGCGUGGUGAAAAAAACGGUGGAAAGAAAGCUUGUCCGGACUUGAACGAAGGUGAAAUCACUAAGAAGGCUAUUAUUACAACUAUAAAAUUCUUUGAAUUCAUUGUUAAACAACCUUAUAAUUUAUAUUUUGAAUGUUGA